UAGCUCGACCCAUAUAUGGAUGAGAACUUCAUCAAACAGGCCUUUAGUGCUAUGGGAGAGUCUCCAUUUGGGGUCAAGAUCAUCACUCACAGGAUAACAGGCGGUUCAGCAGGAUACUGCUUUGUGGAGCUGGCAGAUGAAGCGAGUGUGGAGCGGUGUGUCCAGAGACUCAACGGGAAACUGGUUCCUGGAUCAAACCCGCCCCGGAAGUUUAAGCUAAACUAUGCCACCUAUGGGAAACGGCCAGAAGCAGGGCCAGAGUUCUCAGUUUUCGUGGGCGACUUGGCUUCUGAGAUAGAUGACUUCCAGCUGCAUCAAGUUUUUAAGAAGUACCCUUCAUGCAAAGGAGCCAAAGUAGUCACCGACCAGUAUGGAUACUCAAGAGGCUAUGGCUUUGUCAAGUUUGGAGAGGAGAGCGAGCAGAAGAAGGCGAUCGAGGAGUGCCAGGGUACAAUGCUGGGAGGAAAGCCACUCAGGCUCAGUAUUGCUGUUGCAAAGAGCCAGAAGAUGAGCAGCUACCACGGGGGCCAGGGCCAGAAUUACCAGAGCAACUACAACCAGACUCAGUCUGGUUACUAUGGCAGCCAUAGUGGUGGAAGCCAGGGUUACUAUUCUCAGUGGGGGGGCUACGACCAGUAUGGUGGCUACAACAGUACCGGCUACAACAGCGGCUAUGGCAGCGGCUACAACAGUGGCUACAACUACGGUUACGGAGCCUAUGGAUACCCACCACCAGGUCACAUGAUGCCACCACCUCCCAUGGGGAUGCCACCAAUGUCCACAGACAUGUCAGGAGCCGUAGAGCAGAGCCAUGUGGAGGCUGAAGACAUAGAUGAGGAUAAUGCAGAAGAGCCCAUUCCCGAGUGUGACGUCGACCUGUGGAACAAAGAUUUCAUGCAGCGCAGUGAGGAGCUCUAUGAUGCCAUGAUGAAUUGUCACUGGGAGGCUCUGGACUCUGUUGACUCCCCCAUCCCCUCAUUCUCUUGAUAAUGUCCCCCACCCCCCCUGAAAUUUUUCAUUUUUAAAAAACGUUUUUGGUUUUUUUAUCCCCAAAAUCUUAACAACACACUGACACCUUCUAGUGGCCAGCUUUCAUUUCCUGUGUCAGUUCUCACUAGGACUGAUAAUACAAACACGUUCCUCUUUAAACACCUAAAAUAUUCACAGACUUGGCUGUAACAGUUAGCAUGUUAGCAACAAACAGCAGGUCAGUCAUUAUUCAGUGAAGCUGCUCUGUAGUUUAUACCAUCUGAGGUGCUGCAGCUGACCAGCGCUCAGAAGCUGUAGUACUGCAGACUUGAGUGUCAUCCACCACCACUGAAUUAUGCCACUGAGGAACCAACUGUAGUUAUUUGGUGAUGGAAUGACCAGCAGAUGCACAUUCAGCAACGUUGAGAUUGACAUCUGCAAACAAAAAUGAAAACCAUGCCUUUAUUGUCUUUUGUCAUGUACUUCCUGUGAGUCCAGGAUGAUCAUUAGAAUUGCUUUGUACAUACACAGCAUCGAUCCUUCUCAUCUUUUUUUUUUUUUUUUUUUUUUU